UUGAGUACAAAAUCCUGUGAUGUUCUCCUUCUCUGUAAUCUGGGUCCGAGAACUCAUUGUUCCCUUCAAUGGAGCUUAUGAGACUCUUAAUAAUGGUGCUUUCUAUUUUUUACAGCGCAAAAACUUCGAACGGUGAUGGUUUUCUUGUUUACGACUACUACAAGGAGACGUGCCCCUUGGCUGAGGAUAUCGUGAGACACAACGUGGAGGUUGCAGCCUACAAAGAUCCCCGCUUGGCAGCCUCGCUUCUUCGCUUACAUUUCCACGAUUGCUUCGUCAUGGGGUGUGAUGCAUCGGUACUUCUGGACAGCGUGGAGGGCAUGACGAGUGAAAAACAGGCAGGACCGAAUCUGAAUUCACUACGAGGAUUUGAGGUCAUAGACAAGAUUAAGUAUUUGCUGGAAGAGGAAUGUCCUCUUACGGUUUCUUGUGCUGAUAUCCUUGCCAUGGUUGCUCGUGAUGCUGUUGUCUCGAGAGGAGGGCCAACAUGGGAAGUGCUGCUGGGAAGAAAGGAUUCUCUCAAGUCAAGCUUCAAUGGAGCUAACCAGUUCAUCCCUGCUCCCAAUUCUUCCCUGGAAUCUCUCAUAGACAGUUUCAAAGCAAAGGGUCUGGACAUGGAAGACUUGGUAGCUUUAUCAGGCAGCCACACCAUAGGAAGGGCAAGAUGUGCAAGCUUCCGACAGAGGAUUUACGAGGCAAAACCUGAAUAUCAUCAUGGCUCUGACCGUUACAGACGGUACACAACCUUCAGAAGGAUUCUACGGUCCAUAUGUCCUGUUACGGGAAGGGAUCACAAGGUUGCUCCACUGGAUUUUGAAACCCCAACCAAGUUUGAUAAUCAUUACUACAUAAACAUCCUCGAAGGAAACGGAUUGUUGGGUUCUGAUAAUGUUUUGAUCACCCAGGACCAUGAGGGAGUCAUCAAAGAGCAAGUGUGGGCUUAUGCUUCAAACCAGAAGCUUUUCUUUGCUUCAUUUGCCAAGUCUAUGAUCAAGAUGGGAAAUAUCAACGUCCUCACGGGGAAUGAAGGUGAAAUCAGGAGGAAUUGUAGGUUUGUCAACACUUAGGGAUUCCUGCUAAUGAGCAAGGAUUAUCAACUUCCAAAUACCAUGAUCAGAUCUAAUUUUUAUGAUUAAUGUCAGAUGUUAUAGUUAUUUUGCAAGUA